AUGUCAGACGGACGGGCCCAGAGUCUGAGCGAACCUAUCCCUCCAACCCCUUCAACACUCCUUGCAAAUCGUACCGCAGUCAUCCAGAAGUAUCCACUUCGAAGACCCAUGUCAUGGCGACAUUCCCUCAUUCCUCGACCUCUCCUCCACCGACUUUUUCCACUCCUUUCUCCUUCAUCUAGUGACACACCAUCCGCGUCUUUCUAUCGUCUUUAUCAAUUCUUUGUCAUAGACUGGACGGUCCAGUUCCGCAAUGAGCUCGAAUACUUCUGGACGCGGUCUCAACCUGAUUGGGCGCUUUCAGCCCUCCCUGAUCCAUACCCUAAUAAUAAACCCAAGACAGGCUCCGCCACCGACACAGACGAGGCACUUCAAUACGCUAUCAUGGCUGGACUAUGUUACAUCAUGGAGAAAGCAUACAAUCGCCUUAUUAUGAGAGGACUGCCCCGCGACGCGCCUCCUGUCGUGGAUGACUUCGAGGAGCUCCAGGCACGCCCCAAGCACCCCGAAAAUGUCCCAGCAUGGGCAGAAGCGGUCGUUCCGCUUGGUGAGGUGAUGGAUGUCCCUGACUCGGAGGGGAAUGUGCCUACGGAUGAGGAUGUUGAUGAGGAUUUCCUGCGCUUUGGAGUCCGGGUGGCGACGCCUCACUGGGUUUUUGUUUGA